UAAGGAAAUAAAAAUCUUAGUUUAUUUUUGGUGUUCGAAAACAAAGGAUUUAUAAAAUAAGUUUAGUAAAAAAUUUUUACAAUUUUAUUUAUAACAACAUUUAUUGAAAUGAAGUGAAAAUUUAUAAAAAGAAAAAUAAACAAAUUAUAUUUAUUUAAAAAAUCAUAUUAGUAUUUUUGAAAAAGAAAAAGACAAAAGCAAAAGAAUCAAUUAUUAAAAUAAUUGUAAACUUUUGAGGAGAAUAUCAUUUAAGAAAACGAAAUUCACAAAGAAAUACAAAACCAGAAAAAGAAGGAUACCCAAAAGUAUAAAUUAAGUGGAAAAAUAGGAUAAUUUUUGUACAUUUUCCCACACACAAAUAUCAGUCAUAUACAUAUACAUAUAUAUAUAUAAUAUUAUAUUUAUAUUUUACAUACACAUAUAUCAUAAGGAAAAGUAGAAAACGAAAACCAAAUUCGAAAAUUAAAAAGACAAACAAAACUAUAAGAGUUAAUAAAAAGGAAAGUGAAAAAAUAAAAGAAAAAAAUUAUCAUGGAUAAUUCAGCAGCUGCAAAACGUGUACAAAUAGAAAAAGCUCAUAAUUUUAUGCGACAAUAUCGAGAUCCAGAAUCACGUGAAUUAAAAAAAUUAUCUGCAAAUCAAUUUAUGGAUGUAUGGAGUCACUAUGAUAAAGAUGCAAAUGGUUAUAUUGAAGGAACUGAAUUGGAUGGAUUUUUACGUGAAUUUGUAUCAAGUGCCAAUGCAACAGAUGUCAGCCCUGAAGCUGUAACAGAUACAAUGUUGGCUGAAUUGAAAUCAUGUUUUAUGGAAGCAUAUGAUGACAAUCAAGACGGGAAAAUUGAUAUAAGAGAACUUGCUCAACUUUUACCAAUGGAAGAAAAUUUUCUAUUACUUUUUCGAUUUGAUAAUCCAUUGGAAUCAAGUGUAGAAUUUAUGAAGAUAUGGCGAGAAUAUGAUACAGAUAAUAGCGGUUACAUUGAAGCAGAUGAAUUGAAAAACUUUUUACGUGAUCUUCUGAAAGAAGCAAAAAAAAUUAAUGAUGUAUCAGAAGAUAAACUUAUCGAAUAUACGGAUACUAUGCUUCAUGUUUUUGAUUCUAAUAAGGAUGGUCGAUUACAAUUAUCUGAAAUGGCAAAGCUUUUACCAGUCAAAGAAAAUUUUCUUUGCCGUCAAGUGUUCAAGGAAGGUAUUGAAGGUGCUGCCAAACUUACAAAAGAUGACAUCGAAAAAGUUUUUUCAUUAUACGAUAGGGAUAACAACGGAAGUAUUGAAAAUGAAGAACUUCGAGGUUUUUUGAAAGAUUUAUUGGAAUUAGUGAAAAAGGAUUAUGACGCACAAGAUUUAAUUGAAUUUGAAGAAACAAUUUUACGUGGUGUGGGUUACGAUAAAGAAGGAAAAAUCUCACGAAAAGAACUUACAAUGAUUUUGCUAACGUUAGCAAAAAUGCCACCAGAGGAUGAACAGUAAACUACUCUGUAAUAAUAUUUUUAUUUUAUUAUUUUACUAAUUUUUCAAUUAAUAUUAUAUAACGAAAGUUUUAAAAUUUACUUAAGUAUUUUUAAUUUCAAAAUUUUACAAAUUUUAAUAUUAUAUCAAUAAAUUAUAUUACAAAGAAUAUUUAAAACGGGAAAACUAUUUAUUAAUUUAUUAAAAACGAAGAAAACAAAUUUAAUUAAAUCUAUAGGUACAAAAAAAAAAAUUAAAAUGAAAAAAAAUUUAGAACAAAAAAAUAUUUUAGUUAAUUUAAGCUCAAUAAAGUAAAAAACAAAAUAUUUUUAAAUUUAUCAAAUUAUCUAAAAUCCUAAAAUGCCAAAAAAUUUGAACUUUCUCAAAUACAAAUAAGUGAUAAUCGAAUUAUUAAAAUAUAUACUUAUCUAUAUAAUUUACAUAUGUAUAUGUUAAUCAGACAAGUUUUCAGUAAUCAAUGUGGAAAAACUUAAUGGUAGAAAUAAGAUUAUGAAUUAAAUUUUAAUAACAACGACAAAGAAAAAAAAACGCUUGUCAAAAUGGCAUAAUAAUUAAAUUUUUUUUUUCGUGGUACUCAUUAACUUAAUAAACGCUUCGAUUCCAAAAUUACAGUAACACGGUGUUAAUA